AUGGCCUUAGACAUCAGGGACGCCAAGAGUGGAUUCCGCCACAAUGAGGUGGUUGUUUUCAUCAACGAGGAGGUGAUCCGGUGUGGCGGUAGCCCUGCCUUCUACCUGACCUUCCAUUCGCGACCCUGGAAGGAUAUAGAAGAAGCCUUGAACUCUGUGGUGGUGGACACACAGGUGCCGCACGCCUUCAAGAAGGCCUGCGCCUGGAGUGCUUUGGCCCUGGGGGUGAGAGUGGCUGUGAGGCAGCGCGAGAAGCAGGUUCGCCGCAUCCGGCAACUGCAAGAUCAGGUAGCGAAGCGUGAGGUGGCGAUCUGGACCUUGGCCAUGGACCUGCAGAGGCUGAGUGAGGAACGCAACGAAGUCGUCUCCAAGCUGAACAGUGCAAGACACAACCUGAAGCAAGUGCUAAAUGAGCACGAUAUGUUAGAAAAGAAGCUGAUGGAGUUCGAGCUCUCUCGGAAAAUCCUUGCUGAGUGGCAAGAUGCCGGUCAGCCCAGUGCUAUGAAGUGCCCCCUGGCUAUAGAGGAGCAAAGUGAGACUAACAAAACAGGGUUUCAGAGUAAACGACAUGCAGUAUUAAAAAGGAAGACCCCGGUGGCAUUCACAACAGGUGUGGCAAAGCCCCUUAGUCCCGAGGCCUAG